CCAGACAUGAUCGUAAGUGGUCACUAGAAUUGAUUGCUAGCUUGAUUGGUCGCUGAAAUUGGUCGCUAGUUUGAGUGUGGUUAUCAUACAUGACAUAAGUGUGUUCAAAAUGACCUGCAAAGAAAAUGUUAUAUCCUGUUUGAUUUUGACAUUUAUAUGUAAACAAGCUUACGCGACGGCUUGUACAACUACAGGAGAGCCGGAUCUAACACGAAAUUUCCAAUCCAGUGAUUCAGGAGCAGGUGUGGCAGUGUUGAUGGAUCAUGAAGAUUUUAAAUUUGAUUGCUGUGGUUAUGUGAGCAAAUGGAACUUUCAUGCCGAUUCACCUGGUAGUGUCGAUGCCAUGGUUUGGCGGAAAGACACUGGCAAUACGUACACAUUAGUUGGUUACAAUACAAUAACAUCAAAUAAUACCCAAAGCCAAGAGUCGGAAGUUAUUGCAAAUGGAAAUAGAAUUCGAGUUGACAAUGACGAUCUUAUUGGGUUACAUACAAUCAGCAGUACAUUCAUCAUACCACAUGAUCUCGAGAACAACGGACAAGGAAGUGGAGGCAGAAAAAAGGAAACAUUGACCAACGUUGUAUCAUCAAUGGCAUCCCAAAGUCCUUAUGACUGGUCUUCUGCAAGUUCUUCCAAUGCAGCUUGUGCUAUUCAAGCGAUUACUACACCAAGCCAGGAUCCAUCAUUGUCAGGGUUAAACGACAUAAUAAAGUAUAAUGACGAGGUAUUUGCAGGCGAUUUAUUGUCCACAUUUACAGCUACUGAUGGCGACCUCGAAGACACAAAUGAUUUGCUGAUAACAUUUAACAGUGGCACAAGUUAUUUUGGACUACAAAAUACCAAUGAAAUACGUGUAACAAAUGUACCGCCAAUUGGAAAUUAUACUCUAAGCGUAACAGUAACAGAUCCAUGUAACAAGUCUGAUACUAGUACACCAACGAUAGCAGUAAUUAAUAGACUUCCUGUAAUUAAUAACCUUCCAAGUACUGUGUCAAUAUCAGAGGAUACACCAGAUAGUACUCUUAUAUUUACACUAAAUGCCACAGACACGAUUACUGACCCGUUAGCAUGCGUCAAGACGGGAGGAGUUGCAGUUCCAUUUUCUGUUUCUGCCAUACCAUCAACAACAACAGAUUAUGGUGUGUACUUGGACACCGGAGUGACUUUAAAUUAUGAUGUAAAUCCUUCAUACACUGUAACUGUAACAUGUGACGACGGAAGUGAUACUGUUGAUGGCGUAUUGACAAUCAUUAUUAUCCCGAAUCAGGCACCUGUCAUCAAUAGUUUGCCAGAUACUGUAAGUUUCCUUGAAGACGUCAACACCAACACUUUGCUGCAUACAAUUAAUGUCACUGAUUUUGAAGGGGAUGUUAUUUCAUGUUAUCUUGUUCCAACCAGUACUGUAUUCGAUAUUUCAUUGGUACAACCCCUAAACAAUGAAAAUGGAAUCUUCCUGACAGGAGGGACACAUCUGGAUUACGAUACGACAUCAUCCUACUCAUUUACAGUACAGUGUGAAGACCAAAGACGAAAUGAUACAGGCAGUUUUACCAUAAAUUUAAUACGGAAUACACCUCCGGUAAUAAACAACUUGCCAUAUACAGAAAGUAUAUCAGAGGACCUGAUAACCAAGACAUUGAUACACACAUUGAACGUUACGGAUGUUAAUGCAGCAGAUAUUAUCACUUGUACAUUGAAUUCACAUACAACGUUAUUUGAAUUAGCGGGUUACGGAGUUUUCUUGAUCGGAGGAACAGCUCUAGAUUACGACGUUACUCCGACUUAUCAACUUGAUAUAGAAUGUGGUGAUCAUAGAAGAAAUGUCUCUGAUGUCCUCACAGUAGAUCUCAUUCGUAAUGAGCCACCAUCAAUUGCUAACCUACCAAUGAGCUGUGAGAUACCAGAAAGCAUCACUGCAGAAAGUUUAUUGUAUACCGUAUCUGUUACAGACCCUACAAACGACACAGUUACUUGCACUUUAACAACAGUGACAAAUACUUUUUUUCUCCAGUCUGGCUCAAGUCAGUUUGAUACUAAUAUCUACGUUAGAGGGAAUCAAGCUUUUGACUAUGACGCUUUGAAUCGAUACACAUUAGGCAUAGAAUGUGCUGACCAGCGACGAAAGGAUGAAUCAGAAUUUUAUAUAUACCUGCUUCGUAAUAUACCGCCAUACUUUACAAAUAUUCAAGCUAAAACCACUGUCUCUGCACAGACAGUAGUGACCGGUCAGGUUGUAUACACCAUAACCAGUAUAGAUCCAGAGAGUGACAAUGUACAGUACACAAUGACAUCCAGCACGGCUACAGCACCAUUUGCAAUUAACCAGAACACUGGUGAAAUAUCUUUGAGUCGUUCAAUAAACACUGAGUUGUCAGCUGGAUAUGAAUUAUAUAUAACUGCAUCAGAUGGCAGAAACAAUGUUGCUUAUAGAACAUUGUCAAUAAGAAUUUCAGAUAUCAACAAACCACCUUCAUUCUUAAAUCCGUCACAAACAGUUAUUGUUUUAGAGGGCAUCAACAUCGGAUCAUCUAUUCUUCAACCAAUGUUAACGGAUGAAGAUAUAUCUGAUACGCACACGUACUUUGCAUCGUAUUCCCCACCAGAGGGUGUUAUCUACUUUAAAGUAAACGCCACAACUGGAUUGAUAACAUCUAUGGUCGAAAUUGAUUACGAGACAAUUCCCUACAAGACGUUUCUAUUGACUAUUACUGGAUCAGAUUCUCUGAUGGUGGACACCACAAAUAUAACGCUAAAUAUACAGAAUAUGAACGAACCUCCAAAGUUUACAAAGACAAAAUAUGCAUUCACAGCUAUAGAAAAUAGUGCUGGGACUGUUCUGCAAAAUCCAUACUACCAGUUUUCAGACGAAGACGGUGAUACCGUUAAGUUCUCCUUUAAUUGUGGAACAGAUACUGGAUUUCUAGACAUAGAUUCAAGUACGGGACUCCUUUCAUAUGCCAUUGAUUAUGACUUAGACGUAGCUGGUACAGCUUCUCUUAUAAUCUGCGAGGUUUAUAUUACUGACAAUGAGUACACCGAUACUGCUUUUCUUAACAUAACGGUACUUGAUGCCAAUGACAAUUCUCCAUCGUUUCUGAGUGAUGAAUACACAUUUGUUGUUAUAAAUAGCCAGUCCAUUGGAUCCACAAUAGGCAAAGUUGAUGCAAACGAUAAUGAUGUCGGAACUAACGGAAACGUCGUUUAUCAUCUGGCACAGGAAGAUCUCAACAACGGGUUGUUCAGCGUAUCUGCUGAUGGCUCCAUUAUUAUUCAACAGUCUUUGGAAAGUUUUGUUCCGGGCACAAAUCUCAACCUUACUGUUUAUGCUGUGGAUAGUGGGGGUGAACAAGAUACUGCCUUGGUCAAUGUUAUUUUACCUGUUGUAGAAUCCAAUGGAAAUGUUUAUGUAGAUAUGGUAUACUACAAGUCCUUCUUCUCAUAUGCUCCGAACAUGGCAUGGUUUGUUCCAUUGAUGGUAAUCAUUUUUGGAACAAUCUGCAUUGUGUUCCACACUGUAUUUAAAGGAUAUUGUACAUGCUCAAAAUAAAAAGGACUGUAAAGACAAAACGAUUGAAAUAGAUACAGAGGAACGGAUUGUUUCAAUAACCGUUGUUAUCAACAUGUCAUAAAAAAACAAAUGCAUUAAUCUGCAAACUGUCAGUAGUAGUUUAGUAACUUUUGAAAUUAAUUCUUGCUGCUAAAUCUGAAGAAAAAUAGUUUUGCUUCUCGUUUUUUUUUCUAUUUUCACGUGAUUUUCUUAAAACGAUUGAAGCCGAACUCCUCAAGAGCGAUUCUAUUUGCCAAUCACAACUUCUCGUUACACUUUUAUUUCUAAAUUAAUUAAUCUAAAAAGUGCUUUACAGUACUCAUUUUGUAUAAGAUAAAAACUUGAGAAAACAUUGUUGGUUACUUAACCAAUACUGAAUACUUCAACCUUUAUGUACUAACAAGACUUUUUAAUGUAACAUUUCAAGAGAAGAUACAUUAAUAAAAACAUUUCACCGAA